UACAACAUGGCACCUCAAGUAAAUGACGUGAACCGAGGCUGAAGGCUCGCAGCAAGCCCUAUCGCUGCACCGCAGCUUCAGUGACUGCACGUCAGACACACGGCUUCUCUUGUGUAGUCCAAGUAAUUAUUUUGAUUUGCACAAACAUAGUUCGUAAAUCGUUUGACAAGUGAAGUGCUUAAUCACACCAUUGGUUAUGAUAAAUACUUAAAGCUGAACUGUAUCUAAUUACUUCGUUUUGUGGUUUUCUCUUAAGUAUGCUUUGGUGUAUGGCAUGAAAAAUGUCUCAAGACAGCGGACAAAGACUGGGAUUUAUCAGAUACCGAUCCCUCGUCAGAUGAGUACAUCCCUGACACAGAAUCAGAGCAAGAGAGCUCUGACAUGGAAUUGAGUGUAUUACCAAAAGCUCCUAAAAAACCCCGGAUGGAAGAUGACAUUGCUCAUGAAGCACCAUUAGCCACUAACGGGUCUUUAACUCCGAAUGUUUCCACCAAAGAUUUUGAGGAUGGCCUUGAUAAGUUGCCUAGUGAUGAUGAGCUUCCCAGUGAUGUUGAGCUAUUUGACAAUCCUGAGCUGCGUAAUCAUGAUGAGCUGCCUAAAAUUGAUGGAAGAAAGAAGACACAGAAGACUAUAAAAAGCAAUCAAAAUUACUGUUUUGUUUGUGACAAACCGCAAACAAAAAUAACUCGUCACUUCAGAAAACACAUGGCAGACAAUGCUGAAAUUGCCAAAGCAUUCAGUUACACUCCAGAAUCAAAGGACCGAAAGAUUAUUUUGGAAGAAUUGAGAAAUCGUGGCAACUUUAAGCACAACUGCAGAGUCCAAGAAAGUGGAAAGGGUGCUCUAAAAGUUAAAAGACGUUCAAAUGUGAAAAACAGCAGCGUGGGCAUCUACGAGUACUGCAUGCACUGCAAAGGCAUGUUUUGCAGAAAGGAGCUGUGGCGGCACAUGAGAAGAUGUGCUCUAAAACCUGAUGAUGAUGAUCCCGGGCAAGGUCAAGAAAGAGUUAUGAGGUUGGCAGCCGCUCAGAAUACAGCUUCCCAGCCAAUAUCCAAUGAAGUUUGGUCUUUGCUUGGAAAAAUGCAUAAAGAUAAAGUCUAUGCCACUGUCAGGAAUGAGCAUUAUCUACUCCAAUUUGCGCAAUCCCUUUUUGACGCUGAAAAGGACCCUUCCCAGCAUGCCUACAUAAGGCAGAGGCUAAGGGACCUUGGAAGGCUGUUAGUGACACUACGACAAACCACCAAGAUUUACCAUAUUGAAGAGGUUAUUAAGCCUGCCAAUUUCAUCCUCCUUACUCAAGCUGUUAAAAAAUUGUCUAGCAGCACCAGACGAAAAACCAGCCACCAAGCACCAAGUGUGGGUUUGAGAAUUGGAUUUUCCCUGAAGAAGAUCAGCGAACUGGUAAUGUUUCGUGCAAUAAUGGACGAAGAUGAACAAGCUAUGAAGUCCAUUAAGAUGUUCACCAAGCUGUAUAAGACCAAGUGGCCUGAGUUCGUGUCACGUCCAGCUCUUGCAAAACUCCGGGAGGCGAAGAUGAACAAAGCCUGUUCACUUCCUCUUGCGAGAGAUGUCCAGAAGCUCCACCUGCAGCUCAAAAAACGGGCUAAAUUGGCCACCCAAAAGCUUACCUGUACUCCAUCAAGACGCACUUAUGCAGAGCUAGCAAGAAUUGUUCUCAGUCAGGUGAUUGUAUUCAAUCGCAGAAGAUCAGGUGAAGUGUCCAGGAUCACUCUUCAACAAUUUGAGGGCAGGGAUAUGUCGAAGCUCAAUGAUGACAUAAGCUUAGGACUAACUGCUGUGGAAAAAAAACUCUGCGAGAAGUUUGCACGAGUGGAAUUGAGGGGCAAAAAAAAGAGAACAGUGGCUGUUAUCCUGACUCCGGAAAUGACGGACUCCCUGUCUCUUCUCGUGAGCAAGAGAAAGGACUGCCAAGUUCUUCAGGAAAAUCCCUACCUCUUUGCUGUGCCAAGAUGUGGUGGUUAUUACAGAGGGCAGCGCUGCGUGCGCUUCUUUGCCGACAAUUGUGGAGCAGAAAAGCCAGAAAGUUUGACCUCAACAAAUCUUCGGAAACAAAUUGCGACUCUAAGUCAGACCGUCAAUUUAAAAGACAAUGAGUUGGAUCAACUGGCCGAUUUCCUGGGGCAUAAUAUAAGGGUGCACAGGGAAUAUUACCGUCUGCCCCAAUCAACGAUCCAGCUCGCAAAAAUAUCAAAAUUACUGCUUGCCAUGGAGGGAGGGCAUGUGGAGGCCAUACAAGGCAUGACCCUGGAUCAGAUUGGUGAAAACAUGGAGGCCUUGUCAUCUUCAAACCCUGGAUCACUUCCGCUCUCUGGCAUUGAAACUCAAGAUAACAUGGAGGAUGACAUGGCAUCUUUGCCUUCUACAAGCCAUGGAAGUCUGUGCUCUGAUACUCCAAAUCCAGAUAACUUGGAGGAUGACAUGGAGAAUGACGUGGCAUCUUUGCAUUCUACAAGCCAUGGAAGUCUGUGCUCUGAUGCUCCAAAUCCAGGUAGAGCUGUGGCGAUGACCGCGGUGCCAAUAGCACCUCAGCGGUGGGUACUCAAACCACCGCCACAACCGCACGUCCCUUGCAUGCGCAGAUAAAACGAUAAUCAUUAAGCUGCUGAUGCAUAUCUGAUAUCAAUUGUUAGACAAAGCCAAGUUAUUGAUUUUAAGUCUCUUAAGUUGUUGUGUAUUGUGUCUUAAAUACAGUCUCUGUGCACUGUGCGCUUCGCAUUUCCAUGCAGAGUGCUCUUGAUGACGGACGUAUUGUAAGCAACUGUAAUAAUGCUAAAACAAGAGUAACGUUAUGACAUUGUUUCAAAUGUAAUUUUGCCUCAGCCAAAUUUGUGAUCCAUGAUCCACAUAAAAAAAUGCGUCGGGAAGGAGACCAAAUGGGAAAAACGUAUUAAUGGGUGGUACCACCGCACACGGCGCUGUUAAUGGUUGCGUGUGGUUCAGGUUCCCCAUUUAGUUUGCUUUUAAUGUGUCUAAAUGAUAAAUGAUGUUAUAUAUGUUAUAUAAAUGUUAUGAUAUUUAUGAUGAACUCAUAAAUGGGCUUAUUUGUUUGCUAGAUAAUAUGGAGGACGACAUAACAUCUUUGCCGUCUACAAGCCAUGGAAGUCUGUGCUCUGAUACUCCAAAUCCAGGUAUGAUUGACAAUCUUGCAAAACCACUCCCACUAAGAUACCCCUUGAUCUGAUUGCAAUAACACUGCAAGUUGUGAAAUUUUUAAUUUCAUAACAUACAUUUUGAAUGGCAACAUUUCGAAAAAAGGCAGCAAAUGCCAAUAUCCCCUCGCUUUAAAGAUUCAUUAAAUGUAUUUAAAAAUUAACCAGUUCAUCUACAGCUAUGCUUAAAAGUUUAGGAGCAGUAUCUAGGCAAAUUGAUGUACAGCGGCUUGUGUAAGUAUUCAUACCCCUGUUCAAAGUCAGGUUUUUGUUCUUAAAAAAUAACAAAAUGGCCAGUACUAUCAUAACUUUUCCCACCUUAACUACACUCACCGGUCAUUUUAUUAGGUACACCUUGCUAGUGCUGGGUUGGACCCCCUAUUACUUUCAAAACUGCCUUAACUGCCUGAAACAACAUUCAGGUAGGCUGUGGCAUUCCAACAAGACCCAGUUGGUACUAAGGGGCCAAAUUCUGGCUUAGAAAAUAUCCCUACGCCAUUGCACUACCAGCCCACACCAUUGAUGAAAGGCGGAGCCGAUCCAUGCUGUCAUGUUGUUGUCAUCAAAUUCUGACCAUACCACCCAAACAUUGCAGUAGCAAUCAAGAUUCAACAGACCUGGCAAUAUUAUUCCAAGCCAUAUUGUCUAAUCAUGGUGAGCCAAUGCAAAUUAUAGCCUCAUUUUCCACUUACAGGAAUGGCACCUAAUAUGAUUUUCUGCUGUUGUAGCCCAUCUGCCCAAAGCUGCGACAUGCUGUGCAUUCAGAGAUACUCAUGUGCAUACCUUGGUUGUAACAAGUGGUUAUUUGAGCUACAGUUGGCUUUGUAUCAGCUCAAACAAAUUUGGCUAUCUGCACAUGUCUUUUGUGCAAAAAUGGGACAUUUCGGGGACAUCUUGUUUGUAACCUGGCUUCACAUAGACACCGUCUAGUGCUUCCAGUACUCACAUUCAGGUUUAGAUCUUCUUUAAUCUGACUGGGGCUAAUCAUUGGCUGAGUCUUUGCUACAUUGCUGCAUCCGUUUAAGGUGUUGUCAGUCAUGGUCUUCCUCGUCUUUCUGGUUUUGGAUGAAUUUUUUAAGCAUUUCAUGUCAUUUUAGCUGAACAGCCAACAAUAGUUUACAGCAAUGCCCCCCUGAAUCUGACUGUUGUGAUCGAUUGAAUUCUAAAUAUGAUGCCUCUUUUUUCGACAGAUGUAAUUAUCAAUCAAAGAAAAUCUGUGAAGCGGCCCUGGACAAAGGAGGAGACAUCAGCAGUAAUGAGGCACAUGGGGCAUUUGAUCAAGAAUGGGCUCCUUGCAACAAAGGCUCAGUGCCUUGCGUGUAAACAAAAGGAGCCAGCAUUGUUGGACAGACGCACAGCACAAAAUAUUCGAGAUUUUGUUAGGAACAAAGGUUUAACCUUUAAAAAACAAAAACUCGACUGAGAGUUUCUCGUUCUCCUCCUCAUUGUUCUUAUUUCUGAGACGUGCUGUCCAUUCGGAAAGUAUUCACAGCGCCUCAGCUCUUCUUCAUUUUGUUGUUACAGCCUUAUUCCAAAAUAGAUUAAUUUCUUUUCCCUUCAGAGUUUCCCAUAGUUAUGAGCAUGGGACUAAAUGUGACUUGUUAGCGAUUGCCAAGACGAGGAGACUUCAGCACUUUAUGUGAGAGUUCUAGGUUCAUUGCAUCUGUGAUGUUGUGUUUAGGGAUGCACCGAGUAGCUGUAUCAGUAUUGGCCCCGAUACUUGGUCAUUGUACUCGUACUCGCCAAACACUUGUGGAAUAGCAGUACUUGGGUCUGGUAUCUGCAAAACAAAGCACCAUCUUGUCACAAACCAUUGAUUAGAAAGCAGCAUAGAGAAAAAAUUACUCAGUUUGAUUCAAUGUACACUGCUCAAAAUAAUCAGAGGAACGCUUCAUUUCAAGUUCAUUGCACUCACAAAUUGGAGCAUUGGCGUUUUCCACCCAGUCAGUU